GGAAGUGUGCAGUUGCCAUGUAAUAUCCUGGCCGCGCGGGCGCGCGAGUGGCUGAGGCGGCGCCGGGGCGGGCGCGGAGCUGGCGAGAGGGCGGCGGAGGCGGCGCUGACCGUGGCCGCGGAGGUGCGCGGGGGGUUGGCGGCGCCCGGAAGCCUGUCGCUUGAGCGGUCCCUCCGCUUCGCGGGGUCCGGGCGGGAGGCCCGACGGCGGGAGGCAGCAUGUCGGUGGCGGGGCUGAAGAAGCAGUUCUACAAGGCGAGCCAGCUGGUCAGUGAGAAGGUUGGAGGGGCUGAAGGGACCAAGCUUGACGAUGACUUCAAAGAGAUGGAGAAGAAGGUGGACGUUACCAGCAAAGCUGUGACCGAAGUGCUGGCCAGAACCAUCGAGUACCUGCAGCCCAACCCAGCCUCGCGGGCCAAGCUGACGAUGCUCAACACAGUGUCCAAGAUCCGCGGGCAGGUGAAGAACCCUGGCUACCCGCAGCCGGAGGGCCUGCUGGGCGAGUGCAUGGUCCGCCACGGGAAAGAGCUGGGCGGCGAGUCUAACUUCGGCGACGCCCUGCUGGACGCGGGCGAGUCCAUGAAGCGCCUGGCCGAGGUGAAGGACUCCCUGGACAUAGAGGUCAAGCAGAACUUCAUCGACCCCCUCCAGAACCUGUGCGACAAGGACCUGAAGGAGAUCCAGCACCACCUGAAGAAGCUGGAGGGACGCCGCCUGGACUUCGACUACAAGAAGAAGCGGCAGGGCCGCAUCCCGGACGAGGAGCUGCGGCAGGCCAUGGAGAAGUUCGAGGAGUCCAAGGAGGUGGCCGAGACCAGCAUGCACAACCUCCUGGAGACCGACGUCGAGCAGGUGAGCCAGCUCUCUGCCCUGGUGGACGCCCAGCUGGACUACCACCGGCAGGCCGUGCAGAUCCUGGACGAGCUGGCCGACAAGCUGAAGCGCAGGAUGCGAGAAGCCUCUUCACGCCCCAAACGGGAAUACAAGCCCAAGCCCCGGGAGCCCUUCGAGCUUGGAGAGCCCGAGCAGUCCAACGGGGGCUUCCCCUGCGCCACAGCCCCCAAGAUCACAGCCUCGUCAUCCUUCCGAUCUUCAGACAAGCCCAUCCGGACCCCCAGCAGGAGCAUGCCGCCAUUGGACCAGCCGAGCUGCAAGGCCCUGUACGACUUUGAGCCCGAGAACGACGGGGAGCUGGGCUUCCGCGAGGGCGACAUCAUCACGCUGACCAACCAGAUCGACGAGAACUGGUACGAGGGCCUGCUCCACGGCCAGUCGGGCUUCUUCCCGCUCAGCUACGUGGAGGUGCUGGUGCCUCUGCCGCAGUGACGCGCCGCCGCCCCGGCCACGUCUCCUCCGUGCCACUCGCCCCG